AUGGGAAUUUCGGGGCUUCUACCUUUUGUCAAAAAUGCUUGUCGGCAGGUUUGGUUUUGUUUUUUUUUUCGUUUUCAAAUAGUUUACAGGUAUAUUAGGUGUUUGUAAGGAUUUUGUUUUCUGAAAAGGCGUAUUUGAACUGAAAUUCGAAUUUUGAUGAAAAGAAAACUUUGAAGACUUGAAUUUAUGGGGAAAGUCAUAUAUUUUCUGACAUGUGCAGUUUUUGGCGAGUUUGAUUCUUACUGAUGUGUUCGGAAGGGUAGAGGCGAAAAUCAUAAAAGUUUUAAGGCAAAGAUUUUGACGCGAAUUUCAAAAAUUCAGUGUUGACUUUUGGAAAAUAAGUAUAUUUCCGCAUGAAAAAUCAAGCAUAUGAAAUUUUUUUUCUAGUUUCAUGUCUAUUUUUCGACCUGCUCUAGUCAACAUAACCGAUUAUCAAUGCUGCAUUUUGGAAAAAAAAAAACAAAAAAGACGUUAAGGAAGAAAAUAAAAUUUUCCAAUUUAUUUUCAUCAAUUUUCUCCGUUUUUAGGGAAAUAUUAGAGAACUCCGCGGGAGAUCCGUAGCUCUGGAUGUGAGUUGUAUGCUCCAUCGAGCUCUUUUCGGAUGCAUGGAUCAGAUUCACAUGGGAACAAACACGGAUUCGUGAGUAUCUCUAUGGAUAUUAACGAAUGAAAAACAAAAACUCAUUCUAGAUAUCUGGGAUACGUGAAACGGUAUGUUGAUAUUCUGUUGGAGCUUGAUUGUCACGUUAUUAUGGUUUUCGACGGACGGCCUUUGCCUGCCAAAAAGGUCACUUUAGGUUCAAGUUAUUUGCAAAAAAUGGAAGUUUCAGGAUAUCAAUGACGGAAGGAAGAUCCGAAGGGAGGAAAAUGUGAGGAAAGGAGAGAUUUUGUUGGCCCGCGGCCAGGUGAAAGAGGCGCGAGAAAAAUUCCGAAUGGCGACCAAAAUUUCCCGCGAAGUCGUCGAGAAGACUAUUGAGGUUAGUUUGUGGGUCUGAAAUUGCCAUGGGAAGUGUGAAGUUAAUUUUUUUUUUUUCAUUGUCGAAGGCAAAAAUAAGGAUUUGACAAAUGAUGCAGUUUUUCUUUUGUGAAAUAUCUAUGAAAUAAGUGGUUCUUCCAAUGUUUUGCCAUAAUUGUAUAUUUAUUACUAGGAAAAAAACAUCAGGUUAAAGGAGGUUAUAAACUUUGUUAUUAUUUUUUUUUCACGAAGUUUGGAGUAAUCUAACCAUACCCAGGUCGAGUAUGAGAGGUUUUUUUUUCGAAAAAUUAGUUCAAAAAAGGUUUCUUGGUUAUGACGACAUUAGAUGAGAAUUUCCUCAACUCAAGAGUUCACUCGGAUCUAAAAUUCAAGGAAGUACAAAAUUAAACUUUUAUAGAGACUCUGAGUGGCUGAAUUGAAACUUGGGAAUAGGGAUUGUUCCGGAAAAAAACAUAUUAGAAAAAUUACUUUGAGAAGUGGACUUCGUUCAAAAAAAUCGAAUCCAAAGAUUGAAAGUUCAAUUUUAAGGAGAUUAUCAAUACCGAAAAUAAUUUUGAGAAGAGUUGAAAUCUCGGAUAUAGUCUAAAGUAAAGUGGAGAAAGAUCGAAUUUUUCAAGGGGGCCCGAGAAAAAAAGGAUAGGAUGGGUUGGACCUGAUAGAACUAUUUUUCUUGAACGGAAUCAUUUUAUAUCAUUUGAAUUUUUUUAAAAACGGUUUUAGCCGAUUUUAGUGCUUCCGAAAAGUGAAAAACGUGGACAUCGUGGUGGCCCCAUAUGAGGCAGACGCACAGCUCGCCUAUUUGAUGAUGUCAAAACUGGCCGACGCCGUCGUCACUGAAGACUCGGACCUCAUUGUUUUUGGAUGUGAUCAGGUCAACUUUUCUUCAGACAAGAACAUAAUCCACUUAAAAAUCUCCAUUCUUGGUCCUUAUUUUCCUGUCUCAUGAGCAAAUGUUAUUUUUUUUUAGGUUUAUAGUUUUCAAAAAGUGAAAAAGUUGAAAAAACUCACGGAUAAAUAAGUCUACCUUUUCAGUAUCUAUUCAUUAUGGUCGAGUGGGUAAAAACUUGUUAAUAUUUUUGGUAAAUCCAAAAAGGGAACGUAGAGAAAGGAAAACGGUUCUUGUAGAUUUUCCAAAUUCAUCUUCAUUCCCAAAAUUUGCAAGAGAAAUUUAAAAAAAAAGCCAAGUUUUAAAGAACAAGAAAGGAAUGUUUUUUCAGAUUUACUUCAAAUGGCAACACAACAACGGCGAAUGCAUGGUCUAUCAAAAAAGCGAGCUUUCCAAGUGUUUUAGCGGAGAAAUGGGCGGAAAUAAGUUCGAUUUCCUUAAGUUUCGACGAAUUUGCAUCCUCGCCGGGUGUGAUUACCUUCAGGCUAGAAUUUCGGACCUUUUUUCGAAAAUUUCAAGAUUUUUUUAGUCCGGACUUCAAGGCGUUGGACUCGCCACUGCUUUGAAGUUUUUCUCGAAAACUUCUAGUUCCGAUCUAAAAAGAGUCGGUGUAUUUUUAUUAUUGGAGAAAUAAUUUUUUUCUAGAUUCUGCCCAAAGUGCCGUUGUACUUGAAUAUGCCCAAACUGAGGGGGAAAAUCACGCCUCAGUUUGUUGAAGAUUUCAUCCGUGCUGAGAACACUUUCAUGCAUCAGGUGAGCUUUUUUUGCUCAUUAGGUAGGUCAAGAACUGAUAAAUUUCGAAAAAAAUUUUAAAAGCGAGGAACAAAAAGUUUCAAUUAUUUCACAAAUCUGGAUCAAAAUUUUUAGCAACUGGGAAAACUCUAGGGGCCACUUAAAAGAUCCCUCAAGGACUACUUGGAAAGAACGCUAAAGUGGCCAACGAACACUUUAGAUCUUUUUUCUUUUCACCUAUUUUAUCAUUUAUCAAGUUUUGAAACUUUUUCCCUCAUUUAGGUCGUUUUCGACCCUCGAGAAAGGUGUCAGAAGCCUCUGACGCCUUAUAAGACGUCGCCAGAUUCCUCGCAGAACGUCACGUCUUCUCAGACCAGUUCUGAAUCGACAGAAUCUUUCUAUUCGCUUCUGGACUCGCGUUCGCCAACACCAGAAGUCAUCCAGUGCGAUGAAGAACUAUCGGAGUUGAAAAUGUCCCAAAAUUCUGAAGCGUCCUCUCUGAACAGUACGAUCAGUUCUGAAAGCUUUCACUAUGCUGGAGAAGUCGUGCCCCAACGAACUGCCAUUCGACUCGCUCUCGGGAAUACGGUAGAUCUCCAAAAUAGCAUGGAAUAUUGAGCUUCUGGUGUUCUAGGCGACCGAACCUUCACUCAACGACAAAUUCUUCCUUCUUGAAGAUGAGAACAGCUGGUCUGUGUGGUCUUCGAAGUGAGAAGAUGAUUUUCAAUAGAUAAGAAAAAGAAUAAUUGAUUGAUAGAUUUGUGUCACGUGGAAGUAUCCGCGAACUCAAGGCCGAGGAACAACGGAUCAAGGAAACGAAAUGUGGCGCUUUUGAGGUGGGUCUGAAAAAAAUGAAUGCCAGGCCCGACAUUGAGAAACUUGUGCUCUGAGCAAUUUGAAAGACUCCUUCGCUAAAUUUUGAGCCAUUCCAUGUCACGACGUUGAAUAAGUUGGCGUUAAUGGAGCUUAGAUUUUAAUAACAAAGAUACAAAUUUCCUAGAAAAAGAUGCCAAAACAGCUGUUCUGAGGAGGUAUGGGAAAUUUGAUUUAUUUCAACAUGCAGAAAUGAAAAAAAUAUAUAUUGGAAUGGAGAAAUGAUUAUUCGAAAGAAGAAAAAAACAUCGAUAUGGAAAAACAAAAACCAGUUCAGUCACUUAUCCUCAGUGAAAUUUUUAAGCCGUCAUAGAGAGAUUCUGAAAAGUUUCGUCCUCGAAAAAAAAAAAAAACAGACCGCACUAUAAUAUUCAUCGUAACUGUUUGGUUGAAGAAGAAAAUCAAAGCCUUAUAAAAUAUAUUUUUCGAAUUUUACCUAGAAUGGACAAAAUCUGUAUCUUUUCUGGAUAAAUGUAUUUGCUGGUUUAAAAGAAUGACAAAAAGGUACACAUUUUUGGAGAGACGUUAUCGUCUUUUAUUUUUGACAUAUAAAAGUUUGGUAAAAUCAAAUGAAAAAAGAGAUGGUUUUUAUUAUAAAGAAUGUUUAGCUAGUUAUACUGAAAAAAAUUGACGUUUUCCUGUUCUUUUUAAUUCCGCAGAAAAGAUUUUUGGACAAACUGAGAAUUAAAAAAAAAUCAUUUUUGUUCUUCAUUGAACCUUUUAUAACUCAGGUGGAUUCUGCGGCAACCCGAAAAACAAAGACGAAUCCAGCUGAAUCAGCGGCAGGGCCCAAGAAACGGAAGCUUUUGGAUCAAGGGAAAAACAGCAUGGUGGCUCGGUUUUUGGACGACGUCGACGAGGCUGCCAACAAAAAACCCGACAAAUCCUUGAAAAAUGAAGCGAGUGGCGACUAUUCUGCAGAGUCUAUGAUAGCUCGUUAUGGCGCUGUAUGUCUCGAAAAUCUCCCUCUGAUAUAUUUCCAAUCAAAUGUUAAGAAAAGUGGUUCACCAAGUCAACCGACCGCCAAAAAACGACCCAAAAUGGAGAAAAAGAGCGUUUCGAGGGUCGAAAACGCCUUUUUGGACGAUAUCGAGAUAGGUUACUUCCAAAAUAUUGAAACUUGAGUUAAGAUUUUGUUUUUUGUAGAAGAGGAAGUGAAAAUUUCGGAGAUCAAGACGAAAAUUGUGGAGAUCACAGAAGAAAAAGCAAGUGUUGAAGAUUUUUCGACGGAGAAUCAGGAGAAUUUGAAAGAAGAGAAAGAUGAAGGUAAUGAAAGCGAAAAAAGAAACAUUUAUGAAUAUUUUAUAGUUGAGAAUAUCGAGAAUUCGGAGGUGAUUCCUACUCCGGAGGUCAAAAAGUUUGUUUCGACCCCGUCUACCUCGAAUUUCUCCUCUCCUUUGUUGAAAAAAAGGAGGGCGAAAACUUGAGCAAUUCCUCGAAAAUCACGCCUGUUUCUUCGAAGCAGAGCUCUUACUUCCUUGGCAGGUGGAUUGGGAAUUUUUUUUUCGUUUGAAUAGAGGAAAAUUGCGCUUUUAAAUUGGAAAAAGGAGAGAUUUUGAAACUUAGGAAAAUAAUUUUUCGGAUUUUGAUAGCUUUUUUUAAUCGGAUGAUUUUUCUAAAAAGUCCAAAAAAAUUUAUUCAUACUUCCUUUAACUUCAGAAAGCCUUCACGAGUUGAAAAAGUUUCAAUCUAAAUUAUUCAUUUAAGACGCCUGUAUUCAUGGUGAAAGAAUUUUACGAACUUCCCUACAUCAAUUAUUUAUUUUUCUUCAGAAAAAAUCGCGAAAAUCUCGAUUCUUUUUUAUAACCGUAUUGGCUUGAGUUCUGUAUAAAUGGAUAUCAUGAGGCUUGAAAAACGUCAUUUUUGAGGAUUCCUGUCUUUCUUAAUGAAAAAUGAACGGUUUACAGAAGUCCGAACUGUUCAAAUCCCUUUCGAAAACCAGUUUUUCUCAAGAAAAGCGAAACUCCAACCGAGAAGGAACCGAUCGCCGAGAAGGUGUCUCCAAUUUUUAUGUUUUCUUAGAAUCAUUCGAAUCCUUGAAGAAAAGGCUUCUGGGCGACCUGGAUAUCCAUUCGACGUCAUCUAACUCGGAAGACGUGGAACCGACGCCCGUGAACGCCUUCAAAGUGACCGGAUUCAAAGGAGCUGGCCUCCGAAGAAAGUCGAGCUUAUGA